UGACAGACGGAGGGAUUGACCUCACCAUCAUGCUAUAUAUGCAGUAACCGGAGAUCUAACGGUGACGAACGUCGGACCAUCGCCUUAAAACUCAUACGAUUCGCGUUCGUCCAUAACGAAGAUAACAUAAAGGUGUCUGGAGAAGCAGCCGGGUGUUUCUUCGCUCGAUGACUAGAUUAUCGGCAGUUUAACUAAUGCGUUCUACUUAAUAAACCGCGUUGUUUUAUCAUAUGUUAAUAAAUGCUCAACUGUAAGUUGUCCAAAGACUCCAGAAGUGUGUUUUCGGAACUGAGAAUGUUCGAGACUCAAGGAAUCUUCAGGGUUUGUGUGGAUGUGAGCUGUUUGCUGCUCGCUGGACUUCCAUUUGCGAUACUGAAUAUUCAGCACACGCCGUUCAAAAGAGGCUUUUUUUGCAGCGAUGACUCCAUCAGGUACCCCUUUAAAGAAGAUACCAUAUCCUACCAGUUACUGAUGGGGAUAAUGAUUCCAUUCGCGCUUUUGACAAUAGUCUUUGGAGAGUGUUUUUCGAUAUAUCUGCGGUCCAGAGCUUCUUUCAGUUAUGAGUAUAUUGCAUGUGUGUACAAGGCCGUAGGAUCAUUCGUGUUUGGAGCGGCGUUGAGUCAGUCUCUGACUGAUAUCGCCAAAUACACCAUCGGCCGUCUGCGACCGCACUUUCUGACCGUGUGUAAACCAGACUGGAGCCUCAUUGACUGUAAAUCGGGUUAUAUUGAGAACUUCACAUGCACAGGAGAUCCAGUCAUCAUCAAUGAAGGCCGACUUUCCUUUUAUUCUGGUCACUCAUCAUUCUCCAUGUACUGUAUGCUGUUCCUCGCGCUGUAUAUUCACUCUAGAAUGAGAGCAAGUUGGGCUCGACUGGUUCGUCCGACUCUGCAGUUCUCUUUCAUCGCCGUGUCUCUUUACGUGGGUCUGUCGCGCGUCUCUGAUUAUAAACACCACUGGAGUGACGUUCUCACUGGAUUCGUUCAGGGAGCCGCUGUGGCACUGUUUACUGUGUUCUUUGUAUCGGAUCUAAUCAGCGCCAAACGCACGUCAGAUAAAGACGAUGAGAUCUCACACACGAGUCAGCAGGAGACGUCAGAUCCGCCGAACCACUACGGCAGCACAGACUAACACAGAACGCACUGGAUUUGGAAGGAAUCGCUGUGGAUUUUUCAUUUUUACAGUAACAUGCAAUCCUUUCCACAACUGAUUCACUUAAAUUUUAUAAUAUUACUGCGCAAAAGAUCAUUUUUCAUAAUGCACAGCAGUAGAGAAGAUUAAAAUGUCAUCAUGAUAAAUACAGCGGCAGUGCAACAAUAUUCACACUGCAGUGGCUGCAUAUACAUUACAUUUAUAUUUAGUCGUUUAGCGGAUGCUUUAUCCAAAGCAACUUACAAAUGAGGACAAUAGAAGCAAUCAAAAUAAAUAGAGCAAUGAUAUACUAGUGCUAUAACAAGUCUCGGUUAGCGUAAUUGAGUCAUAUUAUAAAUAAAAAGAAAACUAAAAAAUAAAUAAAAGGAUAGAAUAGGUAAAUAAUAGAUCGAGUUAGUGUUAGAGGCCUUUUUUACUUUUAUUAAUUGUAUAAAAAAAUAAAACCGAUAGAAUGCAAAAAGCUAUUUAAGAAAACAAGGUGUUGGUGAAUAAAUAGGAGGAUUAGAAUAGAGAGUGCUGAAGUUAGAGGGUCAAAAACAGGUGGAAGAGAUGUGUUUUUUUAAGAUUCUUCAAACAUUAAUGCCUUGAAUUUAAUGCGAGCAGCUAUUGGUAGCCAGUGCAAAUUG